CAUUGAAUCAUGUUGAUAAACGCAUCUAUACGUGUCACCAAAGCAGUAAAAGCAUUCCCGAGGAAAUUUCUUUCUCUCUCCCUCUCUUUCUCCCUCAACAAAAUCUCGAAAGGAAGCAAGCUCAAGAACUUGGGGGUUUCUUUUUUACAUUUUAUUGAUUGAUUGAUCCAGUUUUGGACACCGUCGGAUCUGUUGACCAAAUCGCGAUUCGUCGUUCAUGAUGCUAAAAUCAGUGAUCAACUUAAAGCGAUUCGUGUAGAAUUUGGGAGGUUUUUUAUAAUCUUCAAAAAAGAGGGGUUAAGAUGGAAGAGAUGCCUUCUGCAGUUUCAGUUACUCUUGGGAAUCACGUCGAUUUCACUCGAAUGAAGCUAUUUACUGAAACCGCAAGCUUGUUAUCUGAAAAAAACAUCAAUGGCGAUAUCAUGAUUCCAGAAACCGAUGCAGAUGAAAUUAUAUCAGUUGGUGAUGAACAACAGAUUGAAAUUAACACUUCGGUUAGUGUUCCAAUUGCUGUUGCGAUUGAAGGGAUAGAUAAUGGUCAAAUAGUUGCUAAAGUUAUUAGUUUGGAAGCUGAACAUACUUUGAAAGCUUCUGUAGUGACGAUUGGAGAGAAGAAUCAGACUAAAGUGUUAAGAAGUGUUUUUGAGUUGGAAUAUUUGCCACUUUGGGGCUCUCAUUCAGUUUGUGGUAAAAGGCCAGAAAUGGAAGAUGCUGUUGUGGCUGUUCCUCAGUUUAUGCAAGUUCCAAUUAAGAUGUUUGUUGCAGAUCAUGUAAUUGAUAGGGUGAACCCUAAUUUGAGUGAUUUGACUGCUCAUUUUUUUGGAGUUUAUGAUGGACAUGGAGGUUCUCAGGUUGCCAAUUACUGUCGUGAUCGCCUCCAUUCUGCUUUAGAGGAAGAACUAAAAAUCACAAAGCAAGAACUCGUUAAAGGGACAAUCAAUGACAGUUUACAAAUCGGAUGGGAAAAAGCCUUCACAAAAUGCUUUCAAAAGGUAGAUGAUGAAGUCGGAGGGAAUGUGAGCAGAAACAUUCCGGAAGUUUCCGGAGACCCGUCUGACAUAACUUCUGAACCAGUAGCCCCAGAAACCGUGGGGUCCACUGCUGUGGUUGCCUUAAUCUGUUCUUCACAUAUCAUAAUUGCAAACUGUGGUGAUUCUAGAGCUGUUCUUUAUCGUGGCAAAGAAGCCAUGGCUUUGUCAAAUGAUCAUAAACCAAAUAGGGAAGAUGAAUAUGCAAGAAUUGAGGCAGCUGGAGGAAAGGUUAUACAAUGGCAAGGGCAUCGUGUGUUUGGUGUGCUUGCAAUGUCGAGGUCAAUUGGGGAUCGGUAUUUGAAACCGUGGAUAAUACCGGAACCAGAAGUGACAUUCACAGCCCGAGCAAGAGAAGACGAAUGUCUAAUAUUAGCAAGUGAUGGAUUAUGGGAUGUCAUGUCAAAUGAAGAAGCAUGUGAAGUGGCAAGAAAACGGAUCUUGAUUUGGCAUAAAAAGAAUGGUGGAAACACCCUGGAAAGAGUGGGGCCCGGGGCUGAGGAUCCUGCAGCGCAAGCAGCAGCCGAUUACCUCGCCAUGCUGGCGAUCCAGAAAGGAAGCAACGAUAAUAUAUCCGUCAUUGUCGUGGAUCUUAAAGCUCAAAGAAGGUUCAAAACAAAAUCUUCAUCUUGAUUUUGUUGGUAUUUUAUGAUGAUGAUGAUGAUGAUAUAUGAUAUAGUUUUUAUAGAACAC